AGUUGCGGCUCAUUUCGAGAUUUGUAAGCGACGCGUUUGCAGGUUGGUCGAAAAAAUAGAAAUAUUGUGGAAAAUAACGGAUUAUUUGAAACCAAAAAAAAAAAAAAAAAUCUAAUUGAAAUUAAAAACUCGUUGAUUUUUGCUUGUUUUGGGUGAAAAAUAAGUGAAAAAUCGGUGAUAUUAUUUCUACGAAACGAAUUGAGGUGGUUUGAAAAAUAAAAUUGUGAUGCGAAAGAAAUGUUUAAAAACAAUUUAAGCGUAGAAAAAUUUGUAAAUUAAGCUAAACUGAAAUAAUUAAUUAAGAAAUAGAUUAAUUAACAAAUUUUGUGUGACUAAAAAGUUGGCCGAAAAUGUAAUGUACGAUUUUUAAAUUAAAUUAACUGAAAUUUCUUAUUAUAACUGAACAAACUAACGCUUCAAAAAAUAAAAAAUUAAACAAAUAAUUUUUAAAAUAUCGAAAAAAGUUAAAAACGUAUAAAAAUUGAUAUUUGAAUACCGCACUACAGCAACUACACAAGGAAAACCGUUUUAAAAAAUUCCAAUUCCAAAAAAAAAAAAAAAUUCCAAAAGCACGAAAAACAAACAAGUCAAAUAAAAAUGCAUAAAUCGUAUCUUUUCUACUUUACCGCCAUUGCGGCAAUACUCGGAAGUGCAACGGCUGCAACAACAUCGAAUAUCGCCACCGCUGCCGCAGCAAUUUCGGACAACUUAGAUGAGUAUACAACCGUUGCGGUGCUGCCAUCGGCCAUAGCCGCCACAUUAGCAGCAGCGCCAGCAGUAACAACACCACAAAAUGAAAAUGGGGCAAUAGCAGCGCCGUCAAUAGUACCAGUUCCUCAAGCUGCACCGCAACUACCAACGUUGGCCUACGAUAAAGUGGGCAUAAGCGAUGGCGUGGAAUUUAGUCCAAUUCCUGUCGAGCCGAAUACAGCCAACACUUACUUUGAGGUAGCACCGUGUGAGCUCAAAAACCCUAACAAAAAUGAAUGCAUACGAAAUCUUUUCGCGCAAAUCGUGCCACAGCUGAAGGCUGGCUUACCGCAAUAUGGCAUGCCUUCCAUCGAUCCAUAUUUCUAUCGACGCGGCAUUUUCCGUUAUGACAACGAAGGUGUACAGGGUGGACUGCUCAUCAAGAAUAUGUAUAUUAACGGUAUUAGUACAUUCAAGGUGAACACAUUUUUGUCGAAUUUCACGGAAAAAGCGUUCAUCGUUAAGUUGGGCAUUGAAAUACCACGCAUUAAGGCGAAUGGACAAUUUAAGGCUGAUGUGAAAUUCGGUGGCUUGCGUUUGGUGCCCAAGGGACCCUUCAACAUAACGAUUGAUAACAUUCGUGCCACCAUUUUGACUGAUGGUGUGCUGGAGAACACUGAGGCUGGUCGCCGUUUGAAGCUGCAACGUCUGAAUGCCAAUGUGGCGGUGGGUGAUGCACGCAUCAUAGCAAAUGGCAUUUUCAGUGAUCGCAAUUUGAACACCAUGAUUUUGAAUUUGGUAAACGAGAAUCUGCCGGAAAUCACCCGCGUAGGCAUACCAGCUACCCGCGAGCAAUGGGCACCGAUUUUCCUAGCGCACAUUAAUCAAUUCUUUGCGAAUAUUCCUAUUAAUCAGUUUUUGAUAGAGUAAACAUUCUACGCUACAUUCGCCGGAGAGAGUGUAGUUCAAAGAAAAUAGGCGCGUAUUGAGAGAUACGUUAAACAAAAGUUUAUUGUUAAGUACACUUAAAGUUAAUAAGCAAAUUUACUUAAUGAACAUGCAUGUGUGUGCAUUACGAUAGGUUUUCGGAAAAAAAAAUAUUUAACAAUCAUCAUUUACUUAUAUAUGUAAAUGUAAUAGGAAGUAAGAAACUCUUUAUUUAUGUUAAGACUCUCUUUACCAAGAAACAAAGCAUGUAUUUAUUUAAAUAUUAUUAUUAUUAUUAAAGUAUGUAUGUAUCAUGC